GCGACGCAGACAGUCGGCCAAAAAACGAAAAGCUACCGAAGAAGCAGAUGCAGAAACAGAAGUCGGCCAUCAAAAGAGAUCAAGAGGAGAGCAAGAGCAGGAGCCAGAAGCACGUCCAGCUCCGUCCCUUGCCUUCCCAGGGAUGAUAAUCGCUGCCAGCAGCUCCACCUCUUCGCCGCUGCCGUAUUCGGUUACAGCCCCAGUUGCAGUUGCAGUUUCUUCCAAAUCACAGCCCAUUAGAAAACCUAAGCUGCGAAAAUGUCUGGUCAAAAUCAACCGGGGAGUGGUCAAAAAGUGGAUGGCAGCGAACGUACGAAAGCAGCCAGCAGUCGCACUACAGCAACCACGAUCAGAACCACCAGAAGAGCCGGCUCCAGAGCCACAAAUUGAAGAACCAGCAGCAGAGCCAGCAAGGGUUCAAGUGCCAGAGCCAGCUCCAGCUCCAACCCCAGCACCAUCUCCAGCUCCAAAGAAAGCGCCGCAGACAGCACGAGCACCAGUCGCACCAGUUGACAAGUCAGAUUCGGUAUCGGUGUCGGUAUUGGCUCAACCAGCACAGAAAAAAACCCAUGGUGUUCUGGCGAUGAAACUUCCGAUUCCCAUACCCGUUAUGGAAAUAAAAACGGAAAUAGAGGAAGUGCCGCCCGAAGUGCCAAUGGAAGAAGAUACAUUGGGAGCCUUACCCGUACCCAUACCCAUACCCACACCCACACCUAUAGCCACACCCAUAACCAUACCCACGGCUCCGGAAGCUCCUGAAGAGGCGACGCCACCUCAGGAGGUGGUUCCACUUCCACCCACCACAUCGAGUUUUCAGACAAUUCGCAUAAGUGCGCCUCCGCCCUCGGCUGGCAGACUGGUCAGCUCGCUGCUAUCAGCCAGCUCGGCCGAAUCCAGCCAGAACCCUGGCAAUACCAAGAUUUUCUCCUUCCUGUAUCCGCACCGCUAUCAGCGAUCGUAUGGCGACGUGGGGCUGGACUUUUGCUGCCCCAAUCUGGAUGGACCGAUGCGAGCCAUUGACCCGACGCGUUUGCAUGCCACGGCGCAGGUGCCUGUGCUGGAGCUGCCGCAGUUCAUGGUUAUCACGACGAAGAUCAUCUCCAAGGCGGAUAAGGAUCUGCCCCACAAGGUGCGUGCGAAGCUGGCGCAGCUGGAUAAGACUGGAGGGAAGUUGGUGGGGCAGACGGUGCGCAUGAGCAUAGACUCCAGUGAGCCGUCGAUUCUAGUGGCAGUGCCGUCGUCCACCCUUGGUCCGGCUCCUCGGACUCUUCCCGCCUUAAUUCCCAUUUCUAACCCUCCGCCACCCACCGCACCACCUGCGCCCACCGCUCCACAUGCACCCACCGCUCCACCUGCACCCACCACAGCUCCUGCACUUCCAGUUUCUCAUGAUGACAUCGUUCAAUCCUUGACCAAGCACUUGCCACGUGGAACGACACUAACCAAAAAGGUCCUGCCGCCUGGGGCUGCCCUACCCGCUGCUGCCAGCUCGUCGAUGGUGGCUAGUAUGCCACCUGCCCUGAUCCAGCUGCCGCCAAUCUGCCCCAAGGACAAACAACGGGUGGAGCUGCAGACACGAGUUCAGAUAUUCGACCUGGUGCUCCAGAUCCUAAGCAGACGCGCAACCACACUGACCAAGGUAGAGCGACAGCGCACCAUUGAGGAGAUUGUGAUGACCAGCACCCUAAUGCCCAUCGACGUUGAUGUGGGCACCAAGCUCCUUGAGAACUACGUCUAUUACCUCAACCGAGCUACUAACAUCCAGACGCUCCUGCCCUCGCUUUGCCUCAACCCUGUGGUAACAACAGCUGCUACUCAGAGUGCGCCCACAGUCGCCAGUCUUGUCGGCAUCCCGGCGGUGGCCAAGAGUAAAGUCAGCACUGCAUCUGCAUCUGCAACUGCAACUGCAACCCCUUCCGCACCCGCACCAGCAACGAAGAAGCCAGCACAAAAGCGCAGUUCUCUGCCAGCCGGCAUUCCGGUGUACGAUUCGGAGAAGAACAUCAUUGGAUAUCAGUGCCCGACACCGAACGCUUCGUUUGUCACUCGACCAACGCCCAUGGCCAGCAGGACUCCACUGGGACCCUCCGCCUCCACGGCAGCCCAUGGUGGAAGCAAGUCGGCCAGAUCGAGUGUGCAGCUAAAACAGAACAAGAAAACGAAAACUACGGCUGGAAUGCCUAUGAAAGCAGGACCAAAAGGCAGCACUGGAAAUAGAGUUGGUUCAGGGACGAUCAUUUCCAUUCACCCAGAACAGAAAACACUCCCUGCAAGGCCAGGUGUAGCCCAAACGAUUGCUGCAUUAUCGGAGACUCCUCAGCCCAAUGCGGUGGCUGUGCCUGUCCCUGUGCCUGUGCCGGGGUCAACGUCAAAGUCUGCUGCCCCAACAUCGAGCGGGCGAUCCGCUGGAUUGAAUCAAACGCGCAGUCCGAAUGUGUUUAUCAUUAACCAGAUGUCCCCCCAGGCAGAGGAGAUCAUACUGCCCGAUUCCAACAAUGUUGUGCCAAUGGAAGCGGAGAUCAAGGUUGGGCAGGUCUUGAGUGUAUAAUUGAUUAAAAAAGAGAAAAGGAAAAGUAUUCUAAGUUACUUUAAAACGUUUUUGAUUAAGAUGAAUUACUCAAAUGCAUCGUUGAUCGCAAGAAGAGAAUUAUGUAGUUCUACAAAUGAAGAAACAAAUUAUUGUUAAAAUAAAUGGAUGUAAUCAACUGUUUUUUAAUCUAAA